UUCUUCCUGGCAAGAAAAGGGGGGAAAUUGUCUCCUUAUUCAGCCGCCAAAACAGCCUCCGGCCAGCAGGGGCAGCCCGGUUCUUCCGGAAGCCCCGCGACCUAGUUGUUGGCUCUCCCGCCGCAGGCAGUGGGUCAAGAACGAACAAAUGCUGCUGAAAAAAAAGAGAAGCAUCUUUCUUCGCUCCUCUUCCCUGCCCAGCCCUGCCCUUCGAUGAAAGGAAUCAACGCCGCUAGGAAUCCAGUUGUCUGGAAAAAAACCCUCCCUAACUAAUGUGAACCUGAAGAACAGCCAAACAUCAAGAACUCAGAAAAAAAAUUGAAAAACUAUAAACAGAUAAAAUGAGUGCUUCUGGAGGGAAUUGUGGAAGUCCCAAUGCUACAGAACAUGCAGUUGACUAUUUCAAGGAACUAUGGUCCAAACUUAAAGAAUGUCAUGAUAAAGAAGUCAAAGGAUUAUUGUCAAAGAUCUCUAAACUGAAAACAGAACGGUGUCUAGAUGCAGCAAGGCUUGAUGAGUUCUAUGUAAAAAACCAGCAGCUUAGAGAACAACAAAAAUCAUUGCAAGAUACUAUUACAGUUUUAGAAGAUCGGUUAAGGGCAGGAUUGUGUGAUCGUUGUGCAGUGACUGAAGAGCAUAUGAAGAAGAAACAACAGGAAUUUGAAAAUAUUCGGCAACAGAACCUUAAGUUAAUCACUGAACUGAUGAACGAAAGAAACAACUUACAGGAUGAAAAUAAAAAGAUUUCCGAAAAGCUUCAGAAAAUGCUGCAAAAAAUUGAGGAGCAAGAGCAAUAUAUGGAAGACGUUAUUCCAGAUUCACCAGUUCAGUCACUGUCACUUUCAAUGGUUAAUCGAAUGCGGCGUAAGCGAGAAAAUAGGCAUGUCCGGUACACAGAACAAAAGUGUACAGAUAUGGAAAAGAAAGGAACAAAAUAUGAAUUUGGAAAUAUUCCAUUGUCAUCCACUCAAAAGCAUGUUUGCUCUGAAGAAGAAAUAUUGGUGGCAGAUACAUGUGAUCCACAGUUGUCCCCAGAUUCAGGGAAAGAAGUGAAAGAAGAAUGUCCCAAUACAAUGCAUUUUAAUUUCAAGGGAGUUGUUGCAGAAACACUUGAAUGUGAUGAACAUGAACCUCGCAGGAAACCACUUGGAGUUGCAAGAAAACAAUUGGUUCAAGGGUAUUAUAAAAGUAAUAGUGACAAUUUAGAAUUUUCCAAUCCAUCUGAAGAUCCUUCUUCACUUACAACAUGGGAUUCCAAGAUACCUUCUCCUGUUUUCGGGGCAUCUGCCAAUAUUAAAAGUAGCUUAGGUUUCUCCCCAUCUGUUUUAGCAGCUGAGAAAAAAUCAAAUCUGAAAAACAGAUCCAUCAAUAAUUCUUCCCUUUUAAGAUCUGAGAAAGUGAGAUCAAAAUCUGAAGACAUUUCUUUUAUGAGCCUUGGGACUGAAGUAGCAACAGUUCUCAAUCAAACUUCAGUUGGUAGGCAAGUGGCUUUGAAACAGAAUUCAGAGGAACCCAUAACAUGUGUGACCAAUACACAUCUGGAUAAAAGUGACAUCAUCAAAGGCGGCUUCCUUGCAUCACAGAAACUGUUAGGGAACAGAUGUUCCAGAAGGAAAAAAAAUGACGAGAAGAGCAACCAUGUAAUCCGCUGUGAAAAAGAAAAUGCUUUUCCAUCCCAUGCAGAUGUUUCUCCUAUUGCCAGAGAUAACACAACUGAUAAACCUUUGGAUCUGUCUGAUCGCUUCUCUGAUUUUCACUGUGAAAAAAUAAUUGCUGAAAGUUCCAAGAUAAAAAUGAGGCAGGCAACUCUCCAUGAUGUUUUUCAACCUCUAGGGAAAGAUUCUUCUAAAAUCACCAAUAAUAAUUCCAUAGUGAACAAAGAUUCACAAGAGAAUCCCUGCAUACAAGAAGCAAUACUAAAAUCUCUUACCAAAAUGUCCCCAGUGAAAGAGGAUGAAGUAAAAGAGGAAAUUGCUAAGUUUUCUAAUCCAUCUUUGCAAAAUGAUGACAGUAUAAAAGAGGUUGCUGGUGAUCAUGAACCAAUACGGAAGAGAAUAAGAUCAGGACAUGGAAUGGGUGAGCCAGCAUCAGUACUUCAACCAAAUCCUUGCAGAGUGACAAAAAUCACACAACUUGAGCAAGAUAAAAUACCUUUGGAAAAUGUACAAUGGAGUAUAGAUCCAGGAGCUGACCUUUCUCAAUACAAAAUGGACGUUACUCUGAUUGACACAAAAGAAGAAACUCAAACAAGAAUUGAGUCAGAGACCCUGGACAUGGACCAUACGUAUAUCAGUGAUAGUAUUCUAUUAAGAAUGAAAAAGCAAAGACAGAAAGAAGUAAGCAAUCCAGAAGAAGUAAAAAGAGAAAAGGAUACCUUAACAGAAAUAUUUGAUCAGACAACUUAUGAAGAAUAUGAAUCCUGUUUAGAAGAUGACAAUCUUCCAGAAUGUGAUCAUAAGAAUUCUUCUGAGGAAGAAGGAAAAGAAAAAAGAACCAUACAAAGGGAAGGAGACAAGCAAAAUAAAAUGAAGCAGAAGGCUUUUGUGGAAACAUAUUUUAAAAGUGGUGAAAGGACAGAUCUUGUACUGGAUUUUCCUCACAUUGAAGUUGUGCGGAAAAAAGAAGAAAGAAGAAAAUUACCUGGCCACACUUGUAAAGAAUGUGAAAUAUAUUAUGCAGGUUUACCAGAAGAAGAGAGAGAGAAAAAACUAGCUACCUGUUCUAGACAUCGAUCUCGUUAUAUUCCUCCUGAAACACCAGAAAAUUUCUGGGAAGUUGGAUUUCCUUCCACACAAAUGUGUGUUGAAAGAGGCAGCUCCCAUCAGCCCUGCACAAAGAAUGGAUGGAGCGAGCACGAAAGGAAACCAAAAACCAACAGCCUCGGGAAGCAGGGCCAUGGCUGUUCCUUCCACCAUUGUCUGAGUUUUGGUUAUAUAAAAGAAGAGUUUGCUCCCUGUCCACGUCCCAAAAGAAGGCAGCCUUAUAAUGUGAUGUUUUCUCCAAAAGGCAAAGAACAAAAGACAUAACAGGGAAACAAUUUUUAAAACUAGCAGUUGUUUUUCAAUUCAUAUUUAUAUGAAUUUAUUUGAAAGAUAAAUAAUAAAGAGACCUAGGAAUUAUCUUUCCUUGUUCUAUUUGAAAAUGAUAGCCUCUGAAUGCAACUAUUUAAUGUAAAGAAUAUAUUUGUAGAUACAUUUUUGUGUCUUGAUGGAUUUUGCACCUUGUGUGUAUUUCUGAUCUUUUGGAGGUCUACAUUUAGCUCCCUGCAAUUAAGCUUGGUGUAAGUUAGUGUGAUUUCUUUGGGCCAAGCAAAGUUGCAACUGCUUAUUUCAGGUCUAGAAUAGUUCCAUGAACUUUAGAUGGAACCUUGUAGGGUGCUUCUGUUUUGCACUUGAUAAUUUAAAUAAAGUGUAACCAUUUGUUUUUUUGUAAUAAUUUUUGAAAAAAUAUAUAAUAAAAUGUACUUUCUUAAAUUAUGA